AUAAAUACCUACAUAUUGAACCCAAACAAGAUACUAUAUUGGACACAUACACUGAUAAAAAUCACGGUAAGCAUGACUAAGUUAAUAGGAAGAAGCAAAAAAAAAAAUCAUGAGUUCUAAGUUUUUGUGCUUGAUAUGAAUAAUUAGCUUCAUUGUGGCAGAAAGAUUAUCAUAUGAAAUGUAGUACAAAGAUCACUAAUCACGCUGAAAAAACAUCUAUCAUCAAAAUCCAUUCACAUUAUUUUUAUGAUGUCAGCAGAAAAGAUUAAAUGAAUAGUGAAUAUUAAUUAUAAAUGUUAAAGACUUCAGAAACACCUGCAACAAGGUUUGUGAAUGUAAAGUAAUUGAAUAAGCCUGCAAGGAAAAUACAAUAUGAAGUCACUAAAUUUCAUUAAAUUAUUAUUUAUAAUAACCAUAACCCCUUCAAUAGAUGCAGAAGUUGAAAACCCAUUUUAUUAUUGGAACCUGUGGAAAAAAUUAGGGAAAAGCCAAGAGUAUCUACUUUCUUACCAGAAUGAAACUUUGCAAAACAACAGGAAUACAAUUACAAGUAAUAUAGACUGGAGGGACCAAAUUGAGAAAGCAAAGAACUUAUUGAGUUCAAAUAUCUGUGAAUCAUUAUCCUUCUUAAAUGUCUCAAAGAAGUGCUGUGAACAUACUGAACUUGUGUUUAAGUCUGUUGUUCAAAAGAAGAAAUGGGCCUUAGAAAUGAUUGACUCAUAUGGAAAAAUCUCCAGUGGAAUACUUUUGGGAGAUUUUAAAUUCCCAGGAUCUUUUGAAGAAUGCAAGAAAGCUGAUGUAAUUAUAUCUACCAGCCCAACUCAACAGAGUCGGCCUUUUACUCCAAAAUACUGCCAAGUCAACUUUCUCCAAAAGUCUGCUUCAAUGGCAAGUCCAAUGAUUCAACCUACAUCACUGACAAUUGGUUUGUGUGUCCCAAACACUUGUCAAGAAAAUGAACUGCAAAAUUUAGCAAAAAUGGGUAUCCAUCUUUUACCAUAUCAUGUUGGAGAUAAUAUGACUGCUGUAGCAAGUUGUGAAAAGGAUAAACAAUAUGAUGGGAAAGCCAUUUUCUCAAUAGUUUGUAUUUCAUUAUUUCUGUUUGCUAUUGCUGCUGGAACCUUAUAUGACCUUUAUAUACAAGAUGCUAUUUCUCAGCGAAACACUCUCCCUUCAAAAGCUUCAGAAAAUAAAGAUGACAACAAUAAAGGAAAUGUGCAGAGCCCAGGUGCUUUGGGAAAAGCCCUUCUAUGUUUUUCCAUUUACACAAACGGGAAAAAAUUGCUGAAAACUGAACAAGCGGAAGGGACUCUUAGUUGUGUCCAUGGCAUAAGGUUUCUCAGUUUGACCUGGGUCAUUCUUGGUCACACCUAUGUUUUUGGAAUACAAGUUUUUCGGAACCUAUUUUCACUUCCUGAUAUCUUGAAAACUUUUGCAUUCCAAGCAAUUGGAAAUGCUUUUGUUUCAGUAGACACAUUCUUCUUAUUAAGUGGUCUUUUGGUAGCUUAUAGCUUUUUCAAGGCUAUAGAAACUACAAAUGGUAAAAUGAACUGGUUGUAUUUCUAUUGUCAUCGAUUUUGGCGUUUGACUCCUCCCUAUAUGCUUGUCAUGAUGGUAUACAUACCCUUGUUCCCAUACUGGGGUAGUGGACCUUACUGGCCACCUAAUGGCUUUGAGUUUAACUACUGUAAGGAUUCGUGGUAUUAUAAUUUACUAUAUAUAAACAACUUAUUGGCAGAUACUAAACCAACAUGCGUAGGAUGGUCAUGGUACUUAGCUAAUGACAUGCAGUUUUAUGUGAUCAGUCCUCUCCUUUUAAUACCACUUUCUAUGUUUCCUCUCAUUGGCUUUGCUAUCUUUUUUGCUUUACUUUUGGCUCAAAUGCUUUCUGCAGGAAUUAUUUCAACAACAGAAGAUUUACCUCCUGUUAUGUUUACUGCCAAAUCAAUAAGCUUUGCAUAUUUUCAACAUAUCUAUGUCAAACCAUACACUCGUAUUGGGCCCUAUAUUAUUGGAAUGCUGUAUGGUUAUUAUCUAAGCCGAAAUAAAUGUAAAAUGAACAUAAAUAAGUAUGUCUGUGCCAUGAUCUGGUUGAUGGCAACUUCAAAUGCUAUAACUGUCCUUUAUGGCUUAUAUAAUAUUUACAAUGGUGAUGGAGUUACUGAAGGAACAAUCUCUUUAUAUACAGCAGUCCAUCGCAAUGUCUGGGCUGUAAGUGUUGGUUGGGUAAUCUAUGCCUGCUGUACAGGAUAUGGAGGUUUUGUGAAUACAAUUUUAUCAUGGAAAGCCUUUAUUCCACUGAGCCGUCUCACAUACUGUGCUUACUUAGUCCAUCCAGUUGUGAUAUACCUGUUCUAUUUAAACCAAAAGUAUCCACUUUUCAUCACAAACUUUAAUAUUGUUUUCAUAUUUUUCGGAUUUUUGGUAGUAUCCUACAUGAUAGCAUUUAUUGCUUCUAUGGCCUUUGAAGCUCCUAUGAUUGGUCUAGAACGAGUAUUUCUGUCGCUGUUUAAGAAAAAGCAAGUGAUCACUUAAGAAAAUCGACUCCACCAAAUGGAAUAUAAACAAAAAUAACAAACCACUUUAAUCAAUUAGUACAAUAUUAUCAUUAAUACAUGUUCAAGAUCAACAGAUGGGGUGCAAGAAUGCCCUAUCAAUGUUAUUUACUUCGCAUAAUAUAAUUAAUAUAUAUAUAUAUAUAUAUAUAUAUAUAUA